AUGCUCGUCACCAUACUAUUCCCCAUACUUGGCUUGUUGAGUACUACUUGCGGUGCACCUGUUGACAACAUCUUGGAGGACCGUGAAGAAGUUAGCCACGACUCUCUGAGCCCUAUGCCACAGACUGUCCAACAGAAUGCCGUUGGUAUCGCAAUCGCAAACUUCAAUCCGCUUCUUCAUAUUGCGCACGGGUGCCAGCCGUAUACCGCCGUGGACGAUGCCGGCAAUACGAGUGGUGGACUGAAGCCAACCGGCAGCUCAGAUGGAGACUGCACUGAUACUAGCAAGGGCCAGACUUACGCCAGAGGAACGUGGCAUAACGACAAAUAUGCAAUUAUGUACGCAUGGUACUUCCCCAAAGACCAGCCAAACGAUGAAGUGUCUACUGGCGCGCACAGACAUGAUUGGGAAAGCAUUGUGGUCUGGCUUAACAACCCCUCUGUCGGGAACACAACAAUCCUCGGUGGAGCAGCUUCAGGGCACGGUGAAUUCAAGCCUACAACAAAGCCGGAGCGCCAGGGCGAUAGCUUGAAGGUGGAGUACUUUACGCAAGUGCUAUUCAACCAUGAGCUGCAGUUCACAGCCACGGUGGGUCGUACAUACCCGGUUCUCGACUGGGAUGCUAUGAGUCCGACUGUUCAGAAUGCUCUCAAUAGCACAAGCUUUGGGCAGGCCAACGUCCCAUUUAAGGAUGAGAAUUUUUUGAAGAAUCUUGACGAGGCUUCAAUAUAG